AUGUCGCUCCUGCGCGCCUUCGCCGCCCCGAGGCCCGCCGCAUACCGCUGCGCCGCCCGAUACAGCACCGCGCCGCCCUCGCUCACAUCCUCCAGCGUGCGCGCCGCCGACCUGGCCGCCGUCGAGGCCGUCACAGAGUCUGACAGCGCGCAGCCGGGCGCCGAAGACCCUCUGCGCCCUGCGCACACGAGCCCCCCGUCAAAGUCGAAGCUGCUCAAGGACGCAGCGAAAGCCAGGCGGACCGUCCCCUUCACACCAGCCACAGAACCCCAGAUGCCGCUCUCGCCGCCCAGAUAUCACAUCGCCCGGUCGGCAAACAGGAACCUGCCCGUCUACACAGACUACAAGCGCGGUGGGAAUCUGCACUUGACCACAGUACGGAAGGUCACAGGCGACCUGCAGGCGCUGCGGGACGAGCUGAGGUCAUGGUUGGCGAAGAAGGACGAGGACGUCAAGAUCAACACCCUGACCCAGCAGGUCAUUGUCAAGGGGCAUCACAAGGAGACGGUGGCCGACUUUCUGAGCGCAAGGGGGUUCUAG